AUGAUACACAGGUUUGUGGAACUAAAAGAUGAAAUUAAAUGUGCACUCAGUAACCUAGACACCGGUAAUUUAAUUAUGUUGAUCAGUAAUGAAUGGGAUAUAUGCCAGUCGUUGAUCAUAGUGUUACAAUCGUGUGAAGAAGUGACGAGAGAAAUGAGCGGCCAAAGAUAUGUAAGUGGAAGCUCAGGCAUUCCUUUAACAAUUGGUCUCAUCAGCGCUCUCAACAAGAUCGUAAGUUUGACAUAUCGGCAAGAAAAUAACAUUGCCGUUUUUCCUGAUGAAGUUAAAAUGUGCCGACAGGAUCUUCUCUCAGAAAUAAGUACGCGAUUUUCUAAUUUGGAACAGAGUCGAACUUACACUGUCGCUAUGUUUCUAGACCCGAGGUAUAAGUUAUACUUUGAGAGUGAAAACGUUGCGGACAGUACGAAAAAGCACAUCAUAGGCCUAGUAACCACGAUGAUUAAUGAAAAUGAAAGAUGUUAG